AUGUCAAAGCUUAACCAGGACCAGCUCAAGAAAGCAAUCCAUGAAAUCAAUGUCGACAAGAAGCAGCGCAAGUUCACAGAGACCAUUGAUUUACAGAUUGGGCUUAAAGACUACGACCCUCAAAAGGAUAAACGUUUUGCAGGCUCCAUCAGACUCCCUCAUAUCCCAAGACCAAAGCUCCAAGCCAUUGUCCUCGGUGACCAAGUCCACUGCGAUCAAGCACAAGAACUUGGCCUCCCUUGGAUUGACGCUGAAGGGCUUAAAAAGUUCAACAAGCAGCGCAAGCCAAUGAAAAAGUUCUUCAAGCCAUACGACAUCCUCUUACUCUCUUUAAAUUGGAAAGAAAUAUCGGCAAAAUUCCCAUUUUUGGGUACUUUAACCUCCUUUAAAUUUGAAUAAUAUUUUUGUCAAUAGAAAUAUUUAUCGUUUAAAAUACUAAUUUUGAUAAUUUUAUAGAAAAAUCAAUUAAAACAUUAUUUUUUAAACAAUUUCCGCACUCAAUAGAUUAUUUUUUGAAUUAAAUUUUCAUAAAAAUAAAUUAAAAUUCAAAAUAUUGUCCUCAAUUUAUAUAUUAUUUUAGUUUUUAAAAAUUUAUAAAAUUUUUUACCCUUUUAAGUUGGGAACAGGAUUUUUUGUUCCAAUUUAAAGGUGGGAAGCUAGCCUCAGAAUCCAUCAUCAAACAGAUUCCAAAACUCGUCGGGCCAAAUCUUACUAAAAUCAACAAAUUCCCUAUCGCUGUCAGCCCAGCUGAUAACUUGCAAGAGAAGAUUAAUGAAGCCAAAGGAACCAUCAAAUUCCAACUUAAGAAGGUCUUGUGUUUGGGUGUUGCCGUCGCUCACGUUGGGUUAUCUGAAGAAGAACAAAGACAGAGGGUCUAUUUUUUAUUAAAAAUAUUAUCUAUUUUUCGGGAAAAGCAUUAAAAAAUAGGCAGAAAAACAUAAUUUUUUAAAGAAAAAUAAUGAGUCAAGACAGAACAUUACAUUGUCAAUCAACUUUUUGGCAAGUCUUUUGAAGAAGAACUGGAAUAACAUCAGGACUCUUAACAUCAAGACGACCAUGGGCAAGCCUCAAAGAAUUUAUGGUUAA